CUGUCACAUACAGCUUGUGCUUCACUCCCAUUUCCUGACAACUGGCUGCGAGCAUAAGCAACAUGGCCCCAAAAAAAAUCGAACCCAAGAAACCAGAACCCAAAAAACCUGAGGCUAAGAAGGAAGAGUCUCCAGCUCCUGCUCCUGUUCCAAUCCAGGAGGAGCCCAAAGAACCUCAGGUUGAUCUGAAGAGUAUUGCAUUGGAGUUCUCACCAGACCAGAUUGAGGAGUUUAGAGAUGCCUUCACUCUAUUCGAUGAGACACCAACAGGAGAGAUGAAAAUAAGAUAUGCCCAGUGUGGAGAUGUGAUGAGGGCUUUGGGUUAUAACCCUACUAAUGCUGAAGUGCAUGCUGUUCUAGGGAAGCCCAAGACAGAGGAAAUGAACACCAAGAUGCUGGACUUUGAUACGUUCCUCCCAAUGCUGCAGCACAUUUCCCGAGCAAAGGAUCAGGGUACAUUUGAGGACUUUGUUGAAGGGCUUAGGGUGUUUGACAAGGAAGGCAAUGGUACAGUGAUGGGUGCCGAGCUCCGCCAUGUUCUGGCAACUCUGGGGGAGAGAAUGACUGAAGAUGAGGUGGACCGCCUCAUGUCUGGACAAGAGGACACAAAUGGGUGCAUCAACUACAUCUCAUUUGUCAAGCAUAUCUUCUCUGGGUGAGCUAGAGUCUGUCUUUGUGUGACUCUAAAGAUAUCAGCAUUUAAAGGACUUGUAGGAAAAGUUGAUAUUGGUGCAUGUAAAAUAAAGCUGAUUUCUCAACUGUCA